UCUCUAUGAGAAGUGAUAACCAUCUCCACUUAAUCGGCUCGCUCCGCCAGACUCACCGGCCACCGCCGCCGUGCGCUAUCGUACUUCCGGUCGUCCGUCCACCUUUCAUAAUAAUCCAAUUAUUUCUCAUCGCAGCAGCUUGCUAGACUCUUUUCUUCUUCUUUUCGCCUUUCUCCCUCGCUGUCUCCGUAAUUGCUAGCUGUAUAUCACCGCGGCCGCAUAACCGUGCGCAUUCACGCCUCCGCCGAGCGUCCUUACACUCCGGCCAAAAUCAAGCUCCGCCACUUGCACAAGCAACGCAUGCUCGCUGAUAGAAUCCGCUUUUGUAUACGAGAAAGCUCACUUUCCGACGGUCUCUCAUAUUCCAAUGACGGACAGGGCCCGGACAAGUGCCGCCGCUCCUUCACAACACCAGCGUUGUGCCAAGAGAUCUGAUGAACCGAGUGACAGGAUCAGUGAACUGCACGAUGAAAUCCUGUGUCAUAUACUGUCUUUCUUGACACUGAAACAGGCAGCUGCUACUAGCGUCCUUUCUAGUCGAUGGAGGUACCUGUGGCAUCCAUACAUUGCCUCGACUCUAAUGCUGCAGCAACCCAUGAGAGAGGAGCUAGAUUUCCACAGUUGCCUACUGAGCUUAGGUCAGCAUCAAAUAGCGGAUGGUGCUAACGAGAACAACUAGAGUUCCAAAACUCGGGGACGAAUUCAAUAAUAACUCUCUUUGCUUGACUAUAGAGUAUAAUGAUGUUAUCGGCUGCUGGGCUCUUUCUGUUCUCUCGGCGGUUGGUUCGAAAGCAUGAACUGUAGUUUCAAUAAGGCUUUGGACAAUGCAAGGCCCGACAAAAGUGAGUUCUCUAUACUUUACCAGCACGACUUCUGGAUUGAGUGAUCCACUAUGGUUCUAUUUGGUCCUCACUCUAGAGAUUGUGUGAGUAGUUAGGAGAAAUCAUUGAGCAGCUAUUGUUAGUUAAUAUGUAUGGUCCUUAAGUCACCAGCAUUAAGUGACAUGAGCAAUCUGUUGUAUUUUAUAGUCGCUGGUCGGUCAACGAGCUUUACAUACUCGGAUGCUUCUUGUUGGUACUGAGUUAGAAUGAAUCGAGAUAUCUUUUUAUCUAAGGAUCCUUUUUUUUUUAAUUCAUGCUUCCCUAAUGCCUUCUGAGGGCUUCGUAACAGGGUACAUAGUGCCCCCAAUAGGGAUGGCUCAGAAUGAUUGCUUGAUUAAACCAAUCUCAAGGAAUUGGUAGCAGCCUUAAUACAUACUUGAUAUGGUUGGUGUUCUUCAUUUGCUGCUGUGAUUGAAGCAACAACUUACUUACAAAAGCUUGUGGUCUGUGUUAGCAAGCUCCACAGGAAACAAUUUAUAAGCAUCAGUUUUCAUUCUAUGUGUUCAUCUUCUGAUCGAUCUGCUCGCCAGGAAUCGGUUUUGGCUACAGUGAACCGAUAGUGACGAGUUCCUGACAUAACCAGAUCUAUUUUCUUGGUGUUUUCUUGUGCAGGCAUUGUUUUUCCUCUUCGCUAAGAAACAGAAGUGAAAUUUGUGUAGCUUUGAAAGACUGUCCAAGCAGGCCGCGGCACUUGUAAGUGUUGGACUUUGAUGGGGAGCACUAUGGUUGUGAGUCGUGACAUUGAGUUCAUGCAGCAUCUCUU